AUGGUUGCAUUUUGCGCAAAAGGAGUCGCGUUGUUCGCGUUCUUUUGUUUGAUAUUUGUUUGUAUGACAGCCGCACAAUAUGAAAACUACAAUUUCAGAAAUUUCCCCAAAGAGGAGCUCAUGCCGCUCACCACUGCAUAUGGUUUGGCUUUGGAGUAUUACGCUACAGAAAACUGGACUGAAUCGAUCAAAUAUUUGGAGCUAAGUUUGCGCUUGCAGCGGCUUCUUAGAGACAGUGCGAGAUACUGCAGGGUGCACUGUAACCGCAGCAAACAACAAGAACCGUCCUCCUUUACGGGAAACCAGGACCUCCGCGUCUACUGGCACGUUAUGAUGAGCGCGAGCUGCCAGAAGAAGUGUAGAGCGCAUUUCCCUGCGCUGCAGCUUCCUCCUGCCGGCAGACAGAUCGUGGAAGAUUUCAGCAGGAGAUCUCCCUACAGAUAUCUUCACUUUGCGCACUCCAGGCUAAAUGACCUGCAGAGGGCUGUCCCAUGUGCCUAUACGUACCUCCAGAAGAACCCCCAGGACCAGGAGAUGCUCGAGCUGAUGGAGGAAUACAAGAGCCAGUACGACCUGAGCGGCUAUCUCACCGACCACGAAGAACAACCAUAUGAGGCCUCCUUUCUGAGAGGAGUGAAACUCAUCAAUGCAGGUGACUACAGCAGCGGUGCUGAGCACAUGGAGGAGGCUCUGAGGCUCUACCUCCAUGAGUAUGACCUCUGUCAGGCAGACUGUGAAGGGAUCAGUCAGCUUUCACCACACAGUGACCUCUACGCUGUCAUAGCAGAUGCUUAUUUUGACGUAUUACGCUGUAAACUCAAAUGUGAAGAAACUUUAAUGCCGAAUGUUGGUGGUUAUUUUGUGGAGAAAUUUGUGGCCACUAUUUACCACUACCUGCAGUACGCCUAUUAUAAGUUGAACGAUGGCCGCAGUGCCUUGCCCUGUGCGUACAGCUACUUCCUGUUUGAACCUGAGGACCAGGUCAUGAGGCAGAACCUGCAGUACUAUAGAGCCUACAGUGAGCAGUGGGGCCUUCAGCCCGACCACUUCACACCCAGGAUGGAGGCUCUCAAACACCACAACCUCACCGCCACUCAAAAGCAGAUGCUGACAUGUGCAGAGAAGUACUUAGUGCUGAGCGAUGAGGAUUUUCUUGGAGCAGAGGAAGCAGCAAUUUGGGCCUCAGAGUCUCCUGAUGUUGAGUUUGAAGGGAUGGGAGACUAUGAGGAGUCUUUCUAUGCUGACUGGAGGCAGCCGAGGGGUAAAGGAGACUCUGGGGAGUCAAAUAUCUGA